UGGGUAUUCCCGGCCUGCAUGCUUGUAAAUCUCUGAAAGGUAAAGAUGGGUAUUACGAUGAUCAUUUCAAUAGCCUUUAUAUAUCUUUUGCCAAACUUGACCAAGUUGUCGACAAUGGCUUUCCAGAAUUGUCCUGCAACGACAUUAACUCUGUCUUUUACUAAAUGUCCAACUUCAGAGAAGUCAUGGAUGGAAGCCGCAAAGAGGAAAAACUGUUCAAGUAUCCCCCAGAACUGUACCAGUCCAGAGAAUUUUAGAUACCACUGUGUGGCAAAUACUUUCAUGAAUCAAACUAUUGAAGUGUGUGCACCUGGUUUAUAUCUCUUGGGAUAUUGUCCAGAAUACAAUUUUCAAGGAGAAAGAAUACAAGACAAUUAUAAUGCAGAUUGUAAAAAUUUCGAAACGCCUUGUCCAACCAGAUACAAGUCAUGGAAGUCCUAUCAAUAUCCAGAUUGUGUUGUACUAAGAAAUGUUAACCAAGAAAAUCAACCAAAUGAAUUCACAAAACCAGAUGUAAACGAGACUGCUUUAGAAAUCAAUGUAGAAAUGAAAGAAGGAGGGGCGUUAGUGUCAAUGGACAUAAUCAUAUUUGUUUCCUUCAGCAUUUCUCUAAUGGUAUUCACAGGAUUUGUAAUAUAUCUGAUCAGAUAUUCAAAAGGAAGCAGAAAAUCAGAUGCAUCUUCAGGUCGCAUGGAACAGGAACCACUAAAUCAUAACACGCCCAUUGAAGAUGUUUCAUGACAGAAUUUCAAAACAAUGUACAUGUAUCGUAUAUUUCAAGUCAACAUACUUUUCAUCCAAUGCACAAGAAGCAUUUCUGAUCAGACACUCCAAGAUGAUGAUUGCAUCGACUGUCUAGGACAUAUUAUACAUAUGUAUUCCAGGAGAUGUGAAACACAGUUCUGUCAACAGCCUUAUAUUUUUUUUACAAAUAUCGUCUCAUUACAUUACUGAUAUAUACAUAUGCAUUAUGUAAGUUAAAGAGAAAUAUAAAAAGCUAAAUGACAUAUCAUGAAUACUACAUUAAAGAGAUUAUACCGGUAUUUGUAUGUAAUAUGAGGCGAUAUAUAUAUAAAUAUAUAUGUUUAGGGCUGCCUUCAAAGGGAUAUCGUCUGUGUGGAUUACUACCAAUUUAAGUUAAAACAAUGUUUUAGCGGUUCAUGUUACAAUAUCAGCAUUUCUUUAUAAGAGCAUUUUAUGAACUAAUGUAUUAAAUCCUUGAUUUGUUCGAAACCUUGAUUAAGAAAUACAUAGAAAUUGAGAUCUCUUUUUUAAAAUUUAAUUUAUAACUAUUACAUAUAUCAAUGUUUUUCUAUGAAAAUC